CCUUACUAAAAACUAAAAAGCCAACACCGGAGGGCGGAAGCGUGAAGAAGACUAGAUGCUUUCACACUCCACCACCACCCCCCGCCCAAGCCUUAAUUCUUGCAUCCUCUCUACUCGUGUAGACAGGAACAAUCACCGAAUUUAACACCGGCCACAACCCUACCAGACAGAAGGUAAAUAAGGAUACAAUAGGGACCGAUUCCCAUGAGUAGGGAUGCGAUUAUGAAAGUUUCAGCUGCCUAUCAAACCUAGAUUGCAGGGACAAUUCGGUCGAUUCUGAACUUUCCGGCGGUGGUGAAUGCCGACCGGCGUGACUGCGUGAGGGGCAGCAGGGCCUUUAGUGGACUCAUCUUCUCCACCGUCUUCUUCGAUAGAAUUAAUUAUCCAUCGUGUUGGCUUGCCUUCUAUAAAUUUAAUUUCCACCAUGUUGCUUGUUGUUAAUAUAUUGUUGGCCCAAACUUUUUUUGUACACUAUACACAUUUAUCUAUCUGGCCUGUCAAUAUUUGUCUCUCCCGUUAGAAUUUGAAUUCAGCUCAUUAUUGAGCUAGUGAUGAGUUGUGUGUGCAGUGUAUUAUUUGAGUGUCAAGUCCCUUCUAAUAAAGUCAAAUUCUUCCAUGUUAUAUACCCUGGCUGCACCCUUGUUUGUUCAGUGCCUGAAACACACACCAAAGACUGGCUGAGUGAGAGUUCUUGAGAGGUCCCCUUCUCCUUCUUGGCGAGGUUGAGAGUGUAAGUGUUAGCUCCCUUAGCCUAGAUGUGCACAAGAAGACAACCGAAAAACCGAGCUCCGGAUUGCCUGAGCCGGAAUAAGUCAACAGAAUCGAUUUUGCCGGAUUCCGCCAUCUGGAACGCUCUGCCGCCGUACGCCGCCGUACGCCGCCCAAUGCCAGGUUGGAGCUCGCCGCAGGUCCCUGAAGUUGCCUGGUCGUUCGCACGAGCUCACUGGUCUUCCACCGUGGUCCCUGCUUGUUGAAAUCGAGCUCACCGGAAGCUGAAGCCUCCACCCCUGGAAGUUCAGACGUCUCCUGGAAGCUCGCCGCCGCAGGGAGUUGCAUGCCGAUUUGUUCGUCGCUGGAGCAGCCUACCGUCGUCAUUGCAGGCUACCGUUGCUGCGAAGCUGGAUCUGGUUGUUGGCGUGGACCGGCGCAAAUCGCUAGACGUUGCCAAACUCGUCGGAAGUUGAAGCCCCGCCAUUGCUCUCCGGAAUUUGAGGCUAGAGCCGCGGGUCAUCAAUUGCGAAGGUCACCUGCAAUUUUUGUGGUUCGCAGAAAGGCUGUAGCCGCAGGGACGAAGAGUACUGCUUCCCUGUUUCUUGCUGAAGAAGAAGACUUGACCUGCGCAAAUAGCUGGAUCGAAGCUUGACAUACGAGCUGGGCUGGACCUGGAGGCUUGAUACACCUUGACGGGUUGCUGGAACUGGGCUAUUGGGUGGCUUGGCUGCUCAAUUGCUGGAGUUGGCAGGAAGCUUUGGACUGGACCUACAAGCAGGAGCCGGACCUGGAGCUCCUGGAUCUGCUGGAAGAGCUGCUGGACCAGGAGAGCAUCUGGACCUGGACUGGUGUUUUUUGGUGUGCUAGAGCUGCUGGGUUGCUGUUGGACUACUGGGCUGAAGCUGCUGUUGGGCUGCUGGAGCAGCUAGACCGCCGGUCAACGCCGGUCAACUGCUGGUCAACGCAGGUCAAAGUCAGUCAACAGUCUGAAAAUCCCAAAUUUUUUAAAAUUUGGGUAGGUAAGGUCGAAACCCUCUCCUAGGGUUUCGCUAAGGUAAAUUGGGGAUAAACACCCUAGGUGCACCGGGUGCCUUCGGAUUUAAUUUAUUCCCCCUCCCCGCGGGCCGCCGAUAGAUUGUAUCUCGGCCGCCAACCCCCCAGGUGCGUUUGCUAAACCCUCUCCUUUGUGACAGACUAUUUGAGUUGAUUAAAUUGAAUUGCUAAGUGUUGUUAAUUUCAAUUCUUGUGCGUAGGGGUGGUUUAUUGUGUAGAAAUCAUGUUUUAGGUUUAUUACUGCUUUUUAAAUUGAUUGAAUUAUUGUGUUGUUUGUGCUGAAAAUUUAUUAUUUAUUUGUGCUUAUACGGAAGAACAAGGGGUUUGAAAUUUGAGUUUGGUGCUCAUUAAUACUCCCCGUGUGUUCGUGCUAGUUGCUUCGUAUAUUUGUAGCCUAAUAAAUAUUUAAAUUGUUUUUCAGCAAAAUUCACAUUUUCUUUUGUUGUUUGUUUUUCUUUGUGAAAAUGUCUGCUUAUAAUCAGUAUGGUAUGGCUCCAUUUAAUGGAAAAUCUGAUUUUAGCAUUUGGAAGGAAAAAAUUAAAUGUAUUUUAAUCCAACAAAAAUGUUUUAAAGCAGUUUGCGAAACUUAUUUGAUUUCUGACACAGAAGAUAAAAGGGCUGAAAUGAAUGAAAAUGUUUGUUCUGUGAUUUAUUUGAACUUAUCUGAUUCUGUGAUUAGAAAAGUUGGAAUUUUAGAGAGUGCUAAAAUUCUGUGGAAUAAAUUAGAUGAACUGUAUACUGAAACCUCUCUGCCUAGCCGGAUGUUUUUACUUGAGAAGUUCUUCCAAUUUAGACUAGAUAUGUCUAAGGAUAUUGAGGAAAAUCUAGAUGUCUUUACCAAACUUAUUUCUGAUAUUAAGUUGUGUGGUGAUAAGCAUCUAGAUUAUUAUUCCCCUAUUGCUCUUUUAAAUGCUAUUCCUGAUUCCUUUGGUGAUGUGAAAUCUGCUAUUAAGCAUGGUAGAGAUAAUGUGACUCUUGACAUUGUGGUUAAUGGUCUUAAGAGAAAGGAAUUAGAUUUAAAACAGAUGGGUGAGGGUAGAAAAUCCGAGGAGGUUAUGCAUGUGAGGGGUAGAGAAAAUAAUAGACGACAUAGAUCUAAGUCUAGGUCUAAUUCGAGACGUUGCUAUUAUUGUCAUGAAUCUGGUCAUUUCAUAAGAGACUGUCCUAAAUCUAGGGAAAAUAAGCACAGCGAGCAUGCUAAUUUGACUACUUGUGAAGAUAAUUUAGGUGAUGUUUUUAUGAUGAAAAAUCUAUGUGAUUAUGGCUAUUUGAGUUCUGUUAUAUCUGAUUCUUUGGGUAAAUCAGAUUGGGUGGUAGAUUCUGGUUGUGCUUUUCAUAUGUCCCCUUUGAAAAAUGUUUUUUCAAACUAUAGAGAGAUUGUGCAUGGCUUUGUCUUUAGCAAAUGAGAAGAAAUGCAAUGUGCUAGGAAUAGGAGAUGUAUGACUUAGGUUCUCUUCUGGUUGUGUGCUUACUUUGAAGAAUGUUAGGUAUGUUCCUGAGCUGUGCUGUAAUUUGCUAUCUUGUGCAUCUCUUGAAAAUGAUGGUUUGAAGGGAAAAUGGGGAAAGAGAAUCAUGAAAUUUGUGAAGGGUUGUUUAGUUGUUUUUAAAGCUGAGUUGAAAAAUAACUUGUAUGUGUGUCAUGCUGAACCCGUACUUGAUUCUGUGAAUUGUGUGCAACCCUGUGUGCUAGGAAAACAGUCUAGAGUUAGUUUUCCUAAUCUGCCUAAGUGUGCUGAUGUGCUUGAUUGUAUUCAUGCUGAUUUGUGGGGUCCUUAUAGUGUUUCCACUCAUGCUGGGAAAAAUUAUUUUCUGACGUUGAUUGAUGAUUUUUCAAAAAAGUGUGGGUUUUGUUGAUUGAGAAUAAAUCUGGAAAACUGGAAAACCCUUUUUGAAAAUCCGGUAAGAAAAUAAUGUGUUUAAAGACAAAUUUCAGUUUUGAUUUUUGUGAUGAUCAGCUUGGUGAUUUAUGUGAUACUUGGGGUAUUUCUAUGCAUAAAUCUGUUCCCUCCACACCCCAAUCGGAUGGGGUUGCUGAGAGGAUGGUUAGAACUCUUUUAGAGAGGGUGAGGACUAUGAUAGCAUCAUCUGGGCUCUCUAAAAAGUUUUGGGGGGAAGCUAUUUGUUAUGCUGCUUAUUUGAUUAAUAUGUCCACGUCUGUUCCCUUAGGAGGGAAAUGCCCUGAAUCUGUGUUCACGGGCGAACCACUUAACUUGCCAAAUUUGAGAGUGUUUGCUUGUGCUGCUUAUGUGAAUCGUGAGAAUGAUAAAUCUGAACCAAGUACUAAGGAAUAUGUUUUCUUAGGAUAUCAUGAAUGCAUGAAAGGUUAUAGGCUUUGGUGUAGGAGUGAAACUUGCUUCAAUGUGUUGAUGAGUAGAAAUGUCAUUUUUGUUGAAAAUGAAUUUCCUUGCUUACCUGUUUCUCCUGAUGUUGCUCCAAAUGAGGUGGAGCAUUUGCCUGUUGAAGUUCAUUCUGAUUUACUUGUUGAAACCAAUUUCAAAUUUGUGAAUGAAAAUGUUUUUCAUGGUGAAAAUAAAGAAAAUAAUAUUUCUAUUAAGGUGGAGCAUGAUAUGAAUGUUGUGAGCAAUAUGCUUGAGUGGUGUGAUUGCCAUGUUAUUAGAGAUAGAGACAUUAGGGAGCAUGAGAGAGAUGAUAUGUGCAAAGUGUUUGAAUAUAUUUCCUCUGAGUUUGCUUUAAAUGUGCUUAAUUCUCUUUUAAUUAAAUUCUUUGUGAUGUUUGGUAUGUUAUUUUCUUUGUGUUUUGAAAAUGUGAUACCAUGUGAUUAUGUAAGCUCUACCUUUGCUAGUUAUAAAAUAAUAUUGUUUCUUUUAUUUUUGUUUGUACUUGCCUUAUGUGGUUGUUGGAUUAGUUGGGAUCCCCAACUUCUUCCGGAUGCUUGCUUGUGUGGGCUAUUAACAUACCUUGUGUUUGUUAAUAGCAUUGUGAUGGUUUCGGUUUUGAACUCGAGGACCCUAUGGUAGAGUUAAGUCCUUUAUGGACUCGGCAUGCUUGGUGAUCUUACCCCGAGAGUAUUUGUGUCUCUCUAUUACUUGUAUUGUCUUUGUGAUUAUACUUGUAAUGAUCCGGCAAUGAUGAGUCCGCGGUUUCGUGAUUGUCUAAGUGCACUACCUUGGACCAAAGGUGGAGAUUGUUAAUAUAUUGUUGGCCCAAACGUUUUUUCAUUACUAGAAAUACAACUUACGGUGACACUUAGUUGGUGACACUAUAAUGACACAAACACAUUUAUGACACUUGUAUAUCAGUAAUUAUUCAUACAAUUAUAUCAAGAUAUAACAGUGACACUCCAGCAGCCCAAUUUAUUAUUUAGAUUUAGGUUUUAAGUAGGAAAAAAUGCUCUCUAGAGCGAGACGCUCCGUAAUUUCUCUAGCUUUCUACGAUCUCCUUUGGACCGCCUGAAGCCAAUGCGGCAGAAAUGCCGCCGGCGGAUGGAAUCGGGCCGGAGAGGAUGCAGGCCAAGAUGUCUUUUGCUGUGGUGGUAAGGGAUCCCAUCCCGGGCCAUGGAUUGCACUCGCAAACUUGUUCCUUUUCCGACGCGGCUGAGCUUGGCUCGUAUGGUAGCUUCAGAGGCUUCCCGUCUGUCUCCUUCUCCAACGACGACUUACAGGUUCUCUCCCAUCCUUUCUGAUUCGCUCUCGUUGGUACUUUCCCGUUCGGUCGUCCCCCCAUCCCUACGAUUCGUAAUGCUUUUGAAAAGCCAGGGUUCUGUAACUGGGUUGACCUUGGAUGAGAUUGCCGCUCAAACAUGCGGCGCUGGGAGAAAACGACGUUGGGCCUGGCGAGCUGGGCUUCCGGAAGUAAACCCUAACGGGCUGAACGCCUGGACUGGGCAAUUGAUGGUGACGCGGGCACAACUCCUGGAUGGGCCUUUUGAUGCGACUUGGGCCAUGCUUCUUUCUGCUGCUAGACUGCUUACACGCAGGAAUGCUUUUUUGAUGCAGGGAAGGGUCUUCUAUUUGUUCAUGGACUGCUGGAGUAUAUUGGACUGGACUUUUUGUGAUUUGAGUCGGGACCUGGCCCGUUCCUUUUUGACUUUUUAAAAAAAUCCUCUCUCCCCCGCCACGUGAGGGGCGAAUACGUGAGAAUGGAGAAAAAAGUGUGGUUGUCUUUGAAGAAGCCCACUCGGCUACCUGUAUUGAACCCCCCCAUUCGUUGCCUCCGAGAAACCUCUUGUUCAGGCUUGUGAACAUGCCUCUUAUCAGUCCACUGUCUUGAAAGUUGCUGGUAUUGAACCACCCCCUGCUGUUGCCCUGGAAAUUGCCUUGACAGAUUUUGAAAGUCUCCUUUCUGUUGCUUUUGAUGCCACAAUGAUGCUCCUACGAAUAUACUGAUAACUGAGGUUACAACCGCUAUUGAUGAACCCCCAGUGGCUACCUGUAACAAGGCAGUAAUCGCAGGCGUUGUUCAUCCCCUUUUGUCGGUGCCCGCUAAUUCUAUCUGAGGACAACCAUAUUGCUACUCUUUCUUUUGCAGGUCCUAUUCCUCGUGAUGGAGAUGAACAUCUGGAGGGUUUUACAGAGUUAUAUUAUGGCCAACAUUAGCAAACGAGAAUUCGACGUACUUGAUCUGUCCAGUCAAAAAUUUCUUGAAUGGAAAGUGGAUGCCUUGACACAUUUAAAAGCAAAUGGAUUGGAAGACACCAUUGAAGCCAAUAAUAUGUCAUCUUCGCAAGACAAAGCGAAAGCUAUAAUUUUCCUCUGUCACCACCUCCAUGAAAGUCUCAAAUCUGAAUAUCUUUUGGUUGAUGAUCCAAAAGAAUUAUGGGACAAUUUACAAGAGAGGUAUGACCACCAACAAAAGGUACUUUUACCAAAAGCUCAGUAUGACUCGAUCAAUUUAAGAUUCCAGGACUUUUAAUCUAUCAGUGACUAUAAUUCUGCUAUGUUCCAAAUAACAUCCAAAUUAAAGUUAUGUGGACAAAAAGUCACUGACGCUGAUAUGUUGGAGAAAACUUUUUCUGCUAUGCAUAUCUCUAAUAUGCUGCUACAACAGCAAUAUAGAGAAAAGGGUUUUAAAAAAUACUCUGACUUAAUAUCAGUAUUAUUGGUAGCUGAGCAAAACAAUGACCUUUUGAUGAAAACCCACAAUUUGAGACCCACCGGUUCUAGUCCUUCGAUUUAUGGUCCAUCUGGCCAUAAUUUAGCCACUGAAUCAAAUGCAACACACAGUGGCAGUAGAAGGCAUUUUAAACGUGGACAUUUUAGUGGUCAUAAUAACAAGUCUUACAGAGGAUAUAAACGGGUCGAAAGACCGAAUUACAAGGGCAAGGGCAGACAAAAAGCUCAUCAAAUAAAUCGCCCUACAAAAACCUCGGUAAAGACGACUUGUUAUAAAUGUGGCAUGACGGGGCAGUGGGCUAAUAAAUGUCGCACGGCUAAACAUCUGGUGGAGUUAUUUCAAGCUUCCAUGAAUCUGAACAAAGACAAAAAUGUGGAAGCUAAUUAUGUUAAUGACACAACUCCACCUCUGACAAAAUUUGAUGUGUCCGACUUCUUCGUGACUGAUGCCAUUAUGGACGAUGCUUUUGCAAUAAAUCAAAAUGUCACAAAAUAAAAUAUUAGACUCUAAUCCUUAUGUUGUAACAUAUUAGUUUUAUGUACUUUUUCUUUCUUCCCCUUUUUCUUUUGUUUUUAAAUAAAUGUG